AUGCAUUCAACCAGCCUGUUUACAAAUCCCUACGCAAUCGAAGUCCUACGGACUAAGAAAGAAGAGCUCAUAGAGGGCAUAACUGACCCAGACCACCUUCUGAACUGGCUCAUAGAUAACGGCAUUUUCACUCCAGAAAAGAAGACAGUCAUGAGUUUCUACAGGACAAGAACAGAAAAGAACUCUCGAGUUUUAGACAUACUAAUUUCUCAAGGCGAACGAGCCUGCAGACUCUUUUUUUAUCCGUGUUUAAAGCAAAUUGAACCAAAACUUUAUAGCAAGAUGAGAAAAUACAUCAGUGAUGUAAAUGAAAGCAUUGGAGAUGCUAGAAGACAACUGGUAGGGUAUUUACUGGAAAAAGACAAGUUUUGGUUUGCCAAUAGCAGGGAACAGCUCCAGGAAAAAAAUGUCAGUCGUGGAAGAAAAAAGCGAGAACGAGCUGUUAAGAGGAAAGGAAAAGAAACUCGACUUUCAAGGGCAGCAAAACCUAGGCAAGAUCACGCUGAUGCUGGCACCUUUGUUGCAGUCGCUAAAGGCUCUCUUUCUGAGUUAGAGAAAGCAUUGAAAGGUAAUGAUAUCAAUGCACUACACUUUUCAAGUGAGACACUUCUGCACGUUGCAGCCACUAAUGGUCAUCUAACGCUAAUGGAGUAUUUGAUCAGCAAGGGUGCAAAGACAGAUGUGAAGGAUAAGGAAGGAAGAACACCACUGCACAGGGCUGCUGAGAAAGGCCACGGUGAUGCAGUGAGAGUGCUACUCCGGUGUGGUGCCUGUAUGUACAGUUUGGAUACGGAAGGCAAGACCCCACUUCAUUUGGCUGCACAGAAUAACCACAGUCACAUACUGAAGAUGCUCCUGAAAGAAGAGGCGAGAAGCUACAGGAACCAGCACAACUUUUUGCACAUGGCAGCUCUUAAAGAUGACAGCGGUCUGGCAGAAAUGCUUGUAAAGGCUGGUGCCUCCACUGAUGGAACGGAUGAAAGAGGACAGACUGCUCUCGACUACGCUGUUUCUCAGGGGUCUGAAAAUACUGCAAAAGUACUGCUAGAAGCUGGAGCCAGUGUGGAUUCCAGCACGGCCGAAAGAGCCUUCAACAGCAACCACCCAGCCAUCUUCAAAAUACUACUUGAAUAUUCUAAAGAUUUGUCCUCUGACAUAAUGGAGUUGGCUCUUUUUAGGGCAGUACAGAAGAACCUGCCUGGUAUUGUAGCAGCUUUAGUUGACAGAGGUACAGAUAUAAACACCUGCAACGAAGAGCAGUACACUCCUUUGCUCGUGGCGUGUGAAAUGGGCAAAGCUGAAUCAGCAGAAGUUCUAAUUGAAAAGGGAGCAAAUGUCAGAAUAAAGACUCCUGCUUCAGACACAGCUUUGCAUUUGGCCGUUCGAGCUGGGGCUGCUUCCAUCGCAGACCUGCUUCUGCGCCAAGGGAUGGAGAUCAACCUUGUGAACCAAGCCUGUGAAACCCCGCUCCACGUCGCUGCGCUUCAUAACAGAGGAGCGUUAGUUGACCUUUUAGUUAACGCUGGGGCCAAAAUCAAUGCUGUCACUAAAGAGCUUGUUACUCCCCUGCAUAUUGCAAGUCAAAGAGGUAACAGCGACGUUGCCCGACAGCUCUUGCACCACAAAGCCAAUGUUAACGUUAAGGAUAAGCAGUCAAAGUCAUCCUUACAUUUUGCUGCUGAAAGGGGACACAAAACAAUAGUAGAGAUGCUUCUGAACGCUCACGCUGACCCCAAUGCGCAAGACAAGGAGAAAAAGACCCCCCUGCACGCUGCAGCUGUGAGAGGACAUCUCAGUGUCGUCAAAGUCCUCCUAGCUAAAAAAGGAAGAUUUGGAGCUAAGGACAUGGAUGGAUGUACUCCCAUGCACUAUGCAGCCAUGAAAGGAAACACAGAGAUCGUAAAAAUUCUUCUGACAUCAGGGAAAAAUAAAAAUAUUGACGACAGAAACAUUUGGAGAAAGACCGCGCUGCAUAUUGCAGCGGAAUACGGACACAGUGACUUGGUCAAGCUGUUACUGAGCUACGGGGCAGCUGUUAACGCCUUAGACAGCAGCAAGGACACUCCACUGCACUGUGCCUGCAAGGCUGGUCAUCUUCAUGCUGCGAGUUCCCUCGUGAACUGGUCACAAGGAGAAAAAGCAAACUUACUAGCUGCUAAUAGUCUCAGAAAGACCCCACUGCAAGUAGCCGAAUCUA